CCUGCUAUGAAUGAGCUUGGAGCCACUGGCAACUUUCAAGCCCAGGAGUGAUGUGAUCUGGCUGCUGUGUUGAGAGUAGAUAUUGGGGGACCGGAGCGGAAACAGGGAGACCUUGAUUAGUAAAUAGUUUUAGCUUUAGUCUAAAGGAAGGUUUAACCCCUUGGUAUGUUUUGAGAAUGGAGACUGGCAUGCCAUAAUUUGUGUGAUUAAAAAGAUAUCUUUGCUUGGUGGGUGGAGAACUGAUUGUAUUGGAAGCAGCGAGAGGACAGUAUUUGAGUUUCCCAUCACCAAUUGUUCUCGGAAUUGGACAGAUGGCAGCCACUAUAAUGAUACUGUAUGUAUCCAAGUUAAAUAAAAUAAUUCACUUCCCUGAUUUUGACAAGAAAAUUCCUGUAAAGCUGUUUCCUCUGCCCCUCCUCUAUGUUGGAAACCACUUAAGUGGAUUAUCAAGCACAAGUAAAUUAAGCUUGCCGAUGUUUACCGUACUCAGGAAGUUUACCAUCCCACUUACUUUACUUCUGGAAACCAUCAUACUCGGGAAACAGUAUUCACUGAACAUCAUUGUCAGUGUCUUUACUAUCGUUCUUGGUGCUUUCAUAGCAGCUGGUUCUGACCUGGCUUUUAACUUGGAAGGCUAUAUUUUUGUAUUCUUGAAUGACAUCUUCACAGCAGCGAAUGGAGUUUAUACCAAACAGAAAAUGGAUCCUAAGGAGCUAGGGAAAUAUGGAGUGCUUUUCUACAAUGCCUGUUUCAUGAUCAUCCCAACGCUUGCCAUUAGUAUCUCCACUGGAGACCUCCAACAGGCUACAGAAUUCAACCAGUGGAAGAAUGUUCUAUUUAUCAUACAGUUUCUUCUUUCCUGUUUUUUGGGGUUCCUAUUAAUGUACUCCACAGUCUUGUGCAGUUACUACAAUUCGGCCCUGACGACAGCGGUAGUCGGAGCCAUCAAGAAUGUGUCUGUUGCCUACAUUGGGAUGUUAGUUGGUGGAGACUACAUUUUCUCUGUGUUAAACUUUGUAGGGUUAAACAUUUGCAUGGCAGGGGGCUUGAGAUAUUCCUUUUUAACAUUGCGCAGCCAGUUAAAGCCUAAACAGCCUGUGGACGAAGAAAACAUCCCUCCAGAUUUGAAGAGCUAGAACCUGGGCUUUCUCUGACUUGCAGACUGGGGCAGUGGGGAGACAUUCAGAACCUAGAAAUGUGAAGCAGGACAUUUGGAUACGGGACAUGCACCCAGCUUGGACAAGAACAUCUGCCAAAUGCAAAAAGAAUCUACCUCACGUGCCAGCUCACGAUGCACCAUUGUGGACCCUGAAAAAUGUGUUUGUGCAAAGCCUUACCAGCUGCGAGUGAAACUUUUCAAAAUAAGCUGUUGGGGACUGGGAUUAUUUCCAAAGGAAUUUGCAUCGAUUUCUAGACCCAGGGUUUUCUUUGUCACCUAGACAUGUAGUGCACUUUCUGAAGCACUUAUCUAUGCAUCUGUGCUGCCUUUUUGUCAGCAUCUCCAGCUGCUUUGUGCUUUAAGAGCAGGUGCAUAGACCCUCAUAUGGGUCGAGGAUGUAAGGGUCAUUAUUUUCUUGUCAGCAACUUUGCCUUAAUUUCAAAGGUCUCAGCCAAAGCAAAGUGCCAGAUGUAUGUUUUUUUUAGUUUAAGCAGGCAUGUCUUUAUAGUAAUAAAAUUAGCAAAUCAACUGCCAA